GGUGCGUGGAGAACCAGGAGAACUGCGCGUGCGCAGCAAUGGCGCGGCCCAUCGAUUGAUGUUUGUUGACGAACUGUGGCCUGUGGUUGGAAGUGUAUUUACGGCAACAUUUGUGUGAAUAACCAAUUACGCUUAUUCGCAUUCAUCUGACACCGAGCACACAUGGCGACUACAGAGUUCCGAAUCGUUCCAUAUUAUAGCAGGUACCGCAUCAGUACCCGUUGUUGUUCGACCGGUGUAUCGCGCACAUGGCUACGCAGCGCUCCCAAAACAUCUUUCGUUUGCAGGCAUGAAUGGGAGAGAGUCUACCAAAACCUCUUCAGCAGAGCCAUUCUGGACCAAGCUGCUGCCCUGCGUAAUAUCGCUAUAUGGAGAAGCAGGUUGUACGCCCGUGUGCCUCGUGCCAUAGAGGCUUCUGCAGCCCUUGUUGGAGCACAGCUGAACGAUGCCCAGGCUCACAGUUCAGGACGUGCGGACGCCUCCAUCGAAGACCUCGUCCGCCUCUACUCCUCUGCUGUGGUCAGGUUUGUCGGCGACAUUCUAGAACCCAUACGCGAGAAGGAGCAGAUCAGCACCAAAGAAGCAGGCUUCAAGCUGGGCGUGCCCGAUUGGAUUGUGGACCUGCGCAACACGUCGGCGCAUGCGACGAGCUCGCAAUCGCUGGAGGUGCUGCGCUCCGCAUGCAACCUGCUGCUGCUCUGGCUGCGUGUCCACUACUGGGAGAAGGAGCGGGAGCGCCUGGACCGACAGGGGCCCCCCUCUGCCCCACUGCCGGGCGGCGUUGCCCCGUCUGCCACCGUCCUCGAGCCGGAAGAGGACCGUAUCUGUCGAUUGCUGGAGGAGUUCCGGGAUGCCGCCUCUGGGCGCAAGUGCAGCAGGCAUAAGAUGGCCGCCAUCAAGGAGAAGUGCAGGGGGUUACUUGCAGACAUUGCGGCCGAAGUGGAGCGAGACUGCGACCUCGUUAUUGAGCAGCUCCUCACCAAGAACUUCCUUCUGCCGGAUGAGGACAGCCUCGAGAUUCUCUGCCCUGGUGUUGAACUGGAGCCGCCAAAUCUGGACGAGGAUGCGUCUUUCGAGCUUCCAGCCGCGCUGAGGAGGGCGUGGUUCCCCGUGCUGGCCACCCUGGGUAGCCGGGUGCAGCUGCUGGCAGAGCGCUUGGUGCAAGUGCAGCACCCGCCCCAGCUCUUCCUGGCUGUGGCCUGGGUCGAACACCUGCUCUCUGGCACCCCACACAAGGGCACCCUCUUCCACACCGCCGUAGAGGAGAGUGUGCAGCGGCACCCACCGCGGGCGUAUCUCAAUGUGGACAGGCUGCUGAGGCUGGCCCUGGAGCACCCCCACAAGUACUCGGCCAAGCUGGUGCCAAUGCUGGCAAAGGAGCUUCCGCUGGGCCUGGAGCCAGAGAAGCUGCAGCAGCUCAUGGCUCUAGUGGCCAUCGAGACCAUGGCCCUGACGGAAGACAACAGCGACAACGAGGACGGGGGUACGGCGUCCGACGACGACCGGUACACAGUCGAAGACUUCCAAGGUUGCAGCGAAACAUUGAAGGAUCAACCCUCUCAAGCUUUUGAAGAGGUCUGGACUCUACCUCUGAGAAACAUGCCUUGGGAGAGCACACCCAUCGGAGCGCUGCCCCACGGCUCCAGCCCGAGCUUGGACCUUGACUUCACGGAGCUCAGACCACUGGGAGGAUCAUUUCCGGCAGAAGAGACCCAAAGAUCAAACGGCGACAACAUGGAGGCCUUCGACGAGGAUGGAGAGAAUUCGGAGGCCCAGGUGCAACAGAAGCUGCUGGAUUUCACCAGCCACAAUGUGCAGCUCUUUGGGGUGUGACUCCACCGAUACUGCACGCUGGAUAUAUAUGUAGGUAGCACAGAGGAAAGACACCAAAGGAAUGAGAACAGGUUGUCUCGCUCUCUCCUCGUCCUUUUCAUGUCCUUCCCAUGUUGUUACAAACAUAAUCUCGCAGAAUAGAAGGGGUAACGGUCAACCUUUUUGUUCAAGGAAAAAUUGGGGAACAGUAAGGCCCUUGGCCCUCAGUUUCCAAAUUCAGGAGUUUUGUUCGAAAUAAAGCAUGUGUACUUGACCCCCCUUUA